CGGGCGCCGUAGGGCUGGCGCAGGGUGCGGUGGGGCGGUUGGUGAUCAUCCUAGCCUGCGGUAGAUGGUGCGCCCUGCCUUCGCUGUCCAGACGUAAGAAAAGUGCACUGUCCGUCCAGAAAGUUGAAAUAAAAGGACCAUCAUGAAAAAAUCUCAAAGAGAAGAUAUUUUUAAAAAGAUGUCAGAAGAGAUGGAUAAUAUUACAGCUGAAGAAAUUAUAGACAAGCAUCUCCAAAAAGAUUUAGAUGCAGAAGAAAAUCAAAAUGUAGUAAAGACAUUGAGAGGCAAAGUGAGAGAAAAGCUAAAAAUUUCUAAGAUUAAUAAAGGUGAAAAAUCUUCAACUGAGCAGCUUAUUGAUAGCAAAAUAUAUCAAAGGUCCAAGUUGUCUCCACAGACUGAAGUCUCAUUGGAUGAAAGUCUUUCAUUUUUCAUUCUGAGUGGUGAAGAAGGUUCAGCUUUGGGCAAGUCUUCAGAGCAGAGACCAGUAAACCAUAGUUAUCCCAAAUGCUUUUCACUUGGUGUUAAUUUACAAAAUGUUGCUGAGAGUGAAGAGGAAGAGUUUAUGAAAGAAUUCAUUUUGACAGAUAUACUCAAAGUAAAAGCUGCUGACUAUGAAGAUGAUCAAGAACAAAUAAAAAAACAGAAGGCAAAUAUUUUUGUACCAAGUAGUUCUCCAGUGGUCAACCAGCGCAAACUGCCAAAAGAUAUGAUGCCACGUAUUUUAGAAGAUGAAGGAUUCUAUAUUCAGAGAAAGCCAGAAAUAUAUAAAAAGACCUGCAACAAAAUGGAAAAUCGCCUGCUUAAACUAGAAGAGGGAAAAUGUUGGUUUGGAGAAAGUGGAGAAAUAAUGUCAUUACCUACACCUAUUAAACAGUCAUGGAAUUUCAGACUAAACGUAAGGAAGGAACCUUUAAAUCCAUUACUUAAGACCAUAUACAGGAAGGCAGUAAAAUAUGACCUGGGAAGUUCAUUUAUGAAUAAAAUGGAAGAUUCAAGGGAAAUAUACCAGUUAGACCUCAACAUUGUGGGUUUGCAAUUCAGCCAUCAUCAUCUCUUCAAUCAAGAACAAGUAUUAUGCGCAAGGCUUCUCCAACUUUAUGAAUGUUUUCAGGACAGGCAGCAACAGAAUGUAUCUCAGCUGCUUUAUGAGAAGCUGAAAGCACUGACAGAUGCUACCAAAUUGUCAAAUGAAAAUUCAGAAAUAAACCAGCUGACCAGAAAAUCUUUACAAGAUUAUUAUUGGCAAAUAAGUAAUACAAAACAGAUGUAUGACUUAGAAAGGGGAAAGGACCUCUCCCUACUACACAGUAUAUUACGAACUUGGAAACAGAUUAAAUCUCUUCGACAUGGGCAAGGGUUUACAAGCACCCCAAUAAAGUUACAGGUUCAGAGGAUUAAAAUGAAUAAAUGUGAUAAACAAGAGCAAAUCUCAGAAAUGUCUGAAACUGAGAAGAAAAAUGAAGGAAAAGAACUUAAGAAUGGGAAAAAACAGGAGAGCCUCUCAUAUCUAGCUUCAGACGAAACAGAAAUUGAAAGAAUAAAGCCAAUUACCCUGAGGCCACAACUUUCUUUCACUGCAGAAUUAACAAGCUUAUCCAAGUGUUCAUUGCAUGAACAAAAAAGAAGAGCCAAAAUUCAGAAGCUCAAAUACUUUAUUAAAAUAUUUUACAACAAUAAACAGGUUUCUUGUACUUCAGUAUCUCCCCUACAGUUUGAUUUUAAAGUCAUGUUUCAGCAAAUUUUCAAUAUUCAGUUAAUGUAUUGGCCUGAAGUGAUUUGUUUGGAGGUUUAUGAAAAAAGUAAAAGGACAAGCUUACUGGCAAAACUGUAUUUACCUUUACCUAACUACACAGAGCUGAAAGGCAAAACCGUUUUGCAAUAUGUAGAGUUUAGCUCUGAUAAGCUGGUCAUGCCUGCCGAUGGAGAAGUAGGAAGCAAUGUGCCUUUUCGUCUUGAGGGAAAUGGAACUGAAGAACUCUGUCUUUUGACAUCAGGAAAACUUAGUUAUUCUCUAUCAUGGAGCUUAGAUGAAAAUGGUCUUCCUCUGAUACCUAUGUCACAGUCAUUAAGAUCUUCUUACUGCAGUAUGUUAAGGAAUGUAGAUGCAAGAAGUGUUCCUGGAAUUCCAAGGCUCAUGAAUGAACAGAAGCUUUUUGAAUGGGCAAAUGAAGUCAGAAUUGAUCCCAAUAAUCCAGAAUAUUCUGAUUUAAUGGAAUCUGUUACAUACAUGAGACUUAAGGGGCAGGAUAUUCCAAAGUAUUUUCGUCUUGAACAGUUGCAAGAUGAAUUUAACUUCGUUUCUGAAGAGGAAAUGGCAAAGAGUAAACGUUUCCAGCUAUUGCAACUUAGAAAUGCAGGUCAAUUAGAUAAUUUCCUUCUACAGCAAAUGCCCCUCCAUGAUACAGAGAUUCCAGAUUUAGUCUUCCAGGAGUAUGAAAGUCAGAAAGAGAAGGAGGUAUCCAUUUCAGAUGUAAAUUCUAUUACAGCACAAAGGAUUAAUUCUGCCAAUUUUCUGAAAAAGGUGAGAAGGUUGAUAAUGAAGAGAAUUGUUAAAAUUAGCAAAUGUAACUUGUCAGAUAUUGUGACUGAUUAUGAAGAAAUUGUAUCUACAAGCCAAUUGACAGAUGCAGUUUGUAAGUUUGUUGAACCACGGAGAAAGUUAAAACCUCAGAGGAAAGAAAGGAAAAAAGUCACAGUGCAGACGAUCUCUGACGGAGAUAUUAAGAUUCUUGUCCGAAUAGUGAGGGCCUAUAAUAUUCCUACCAGAAAAACAACAAUUAAUGGAGCCUUGGAUAUGCCUACUUGUUCGAAAUCAUCUAUAUCUUGCCUCAGACAUAGAGAAACAAUCAAAUCAGUAGCCUCAGAUGAGAUCUUACAUGAGAUAAGUAUUUAACACUUCUAUAAAGAUACUGUACAUCCAUUCGUGGAAGUUUCUUUCCAGCACACUGUAUACAAAACCAAUACAGCAAGUGGAUCUCAUCCAUGCUGGAAUGAAGAAAUUAAAGUAGAUUUUGUCUCACCAGGACAUGAUUAUAGCUUCUCAAGCUUAUCUAAAAUAAAAGAUAACAUAUAUAUCAACAUUUUUGAUGAAAUGAUGACUGAAAAACAUGAGGAUCACUGUCUCAAGAGCUGUAGUGGUCACUCAUAUAUAAGAAAGAAUUGGCUUGGAUCCAUUGUCUUCCCUUUUUCUGCUCUUCUGCAACAAUCUGAGAUUAGUGGAACAUUUCAAGUGACUAUUCCACCAGUUUUGCUCGGGUAUACUUGGAGUAAUACUUAUGUAUUUCCUAAAGAAGAUUCCAAUGAGCAGAAUUUAAAAGAAUGUACAUUCUUAAAUAUUUUUGCUACCAUUGAACCUCAAAUAUCAUAUGUCACCUGUAAUCCAACACUAGAUAAGUUUUUAGAUCAAACAGAGGUCUUGCAGAGAGCACAGAUUUUUAAAAAGAAUUGUAAGGCAAUGUUUCCCAACCGAAGAAUCGUAACUACUGUUUUUAAUGAUGAAGGGAUACAGUUCUUAGUCACAAGAUAUAUCAAGGCAUUAAAUCCACCUCAGCAACUUCUGGAUAUAUUUCUUCACAAUUCUAAUGCAACAUUUGACCUCAUUGCUCGAUUUGUAUCUUUGAUUCCUUUUGUGCCUAAUACACCAGAUGAAAAUGAUGGCUCUGAUAUAUGGAUGACAUCAGAGCACUGCAUCAGUUUAGCUAUCGGAAAUAAGGAGGAGCAUGCCAUCCUUCUCUGUAAUUUCUUUCUGUAUUUUGGAAAGAAGGCACUGGUCCUCUUGGGAACAUCAGUGUUAGAAGGGCAUGUGGCUUAUGUAGUAACUCAAGAAACUAAUGAAUAUUUGCUUUGGAAUCCAUCAACUGGCCAAUGUUAUAAGCAGUUUGACCCGUUUUGUCCCUUAAAAAGUGUAGAUUGUUUGUUUGAUGAUAGAAAUGUCUGGUUUAAUAUUCAACAAAAUAAUACACCAAUGGCUGUAUUUUUUGACUAUUCAAAGGAAAGUUUCUGGAAGCAUUUGCUUCCAAAAAACGUUCAAGGAACAAAAAUACAAAGCAUACAGCCUGAAGAAAUAAUUUAUUUUGAAACUGAUAAAAGCAUGGUAGAAGAUCUAAGGAAUAGGAUCGAAAGGACUCUGAAGAGUAAAGUGAUGGAAUGGCGACCUAAACACCCAACACAUUGGAAUCGACAGUGUACUUUUAUUUUGCGACAAAUCCUUCCUAAGCUGGAAUUUGGCAUAGGAAGCUUUGUUUCAUCUGAAGGAGAUAAUGAAUUUGAAAGAAUACUACAAUUUUAUUGGGUCACGGGAUUUCCCAUCCAGAUGCCAUACAUUGAUGUACAGUCAAUUAUUGAUGCUGUUUAUCAAACUGGAAUUCACUCUGCUGAAUUUCCCCAGACAGAAUUUGCUUUAGCUGUAUACAUUCACCCAUACCCAAACAACAUAUUAUCUGUGUGGGUCUAUUUGGCUUCCUUAGUUCAACAUCAAUGAAAAGGAAGCAGAGCAAAGUAAAAGAUUGUACUAUAGUCCUCUAGUACCAACAAAAACUUUUCUGGUACCUUGAGAUUUUGCUGUUUAUUCUCAAGUCCAGCUAAGUGCUGGGCCCAAUUUUUGAUUCACUUACAGAGCUGGGCACUAUGGAGACUCGCACCCCUGAGUGAGUCUUUGAGGAGGAGUCUAGAUGAGCUUCUCACCAGAGACCUCUCCAGGGAGGACCUUUGGAUAGUCUGGCUUUCUUGGGUCACUGUCUGCAGUAGGUCUUAUUCUGGGAAAGAAGCAAUUUUGGCCUCUUCUCCUAAGACCAAUGUUUCUCAAAUUGUAGAAUACACACCACCUCCAUUUGAAUCAUCUGGAGAGCCUUGUUGAAAAUGCAGAUUACUAGAUCCUCCUCAAGACCCACUGAAUCAGCACCUCUGGGAGUGAAGCUACAGACUCUGCAUUAUUUUCAACAGGCUCCCCAGAUAAUUCUGAUGCACUGUUAUGAGGGAGAGCCCAGCCUUAUAGAAUGUUGUCACUACUAAACUAAGGCUGGUACGUUUGAUGCUGGGUCUGAUACAAUUUCAGAUGGAAGCUGCUCAAGUGGAAAACUAAGGUCAUUGCCUCUCAUGGAUAAAAUGUUAUUUCACUGGUAAAGAAAAAAAAAUAAAAUCUACCAUGUUGGGCUGAUGUUGGCUUCUGGAAGCUUCUCAAAAGUUUGCACUUCGGAUGCUACUGACAUGAAAUUCUUACAGCUCCAAGUAUUUGGAAGGAACUCCCAGGAAACUCUAAUUUCUCCCAAUUCUGUGAGGGAGGAAAUGGUCUUGACAAAUCUCAGGACUCUUUUUUUCCUUAGUGAGCAGCCCCCAACUCUGCCUCUGGCACUUUUUGCUGCUUUUCGUUCUCAGUAGUGGCUUAUCUAGAUCCUAAGAGCCCCUCAAGAAAGACUGGACAGGGGUCUAAGUAGGAAGCACUAUACUUUCUUCUAGUUGAUUGUUUUGUCCUUCAUUAAAAGAAAUGUGUUUAUAUAAUUUACUUACAUAUGACAAAAUAACUUAUCAAAAAGAAAUAAUCAAGGAGUAUGGAUUUCCAAAGGUUGACCAGAGCAGUUUUGUAUGAGGUAAAGAUAAAAGAACAUUCACCUCUCCCAUUGAAGAACCACUGAGGUUUCUUGGUUCACUCCCACAAGCAGAGAGCAGAGACCCCAAAUGUAUCUGCAGGGAAUACCCAAUCUGUAUCUGUUUCCUAAAUGUGCAUGGGCUGGUGCCAGAAAAGGCCUCACUUAUUUCUGGUGAUGUUAGUCUUGGACCAAGCUUGAGAUUACUAGAAGAGGCAAAGUAGGGACAUGGGUGAAGGAAUGUUUUUUUCUCCCAGGUUGAAACCUAACUGUAUGUGUCUUGUGGCAUGCAUAAGAAAACUGAUCAGAAUUUUUACUUUUAUUUGAAUGUUUUUGUUUAAAUUUAAUGUGAAGUUUUAUUAUUAAACAAGUCCCCCACUUUGAUUUAGCACAAAAUGAUGCUGAUGGAAAGAUGAGGAUGCCAAAGACAGACUGAAUUCAUGCAACUCAUUUCUGUACAGCUUUGAAUAUUUACAUAGCUAUUUUAUUCGUUGUUCAGGGUUUUUAGAAUUGACAGGCUGCUUAAGAGUAGGAUAGCAAGUGUUCAUAGGAAAGCAUGGAGGACCUUUUUAUAUUGUAUCGUUUUUACACGAGUGUUACUUUUUCAAUUAAAUUUUU